GUACCGGAAGCCCCAAUGAUCGCACUAGACUGAUCAAUUCUGCCCGAAACAAGCUUCGGGUCGGACCGUUUGGCCUCCUACAUAACAUCUGUUGCAUUACCGGAUGCGAUAGGUGGAGAAAUCCCCCCACUAGUCCCUCAUAUUAGUUACAUACUGACUCCAGGUAACGAUCCCAAGUCCCAACCUGGCAAAGGAGACCUAUUGCAUCCCCCGCACUGCAAUCUAGAAGAUCGGCAAGAACUGUGACACUGCAUAUGCGACUUCUAGAGGCGUCCUCAACACUUCGGCUGAAUAAAAAUAUAACGAUGAGCAAUAGUGCUUUGAAUACCAUCCUUCCUCAACGACAGCAGAUCCCGCAAUGCUGCUCCCAAGGUAUAUUGCGUUCUUCCUGAUAAAUUUUGUCAUCAGGUGUGAAGCCAAGACUUUAUGGUCCUAUUCGCCCGCAUCUUCAGAGGACAUCAUCAGAACCGCGUACCCAGUUGGAAAUGGAGUUCUCGGGGCUAUGGCAUUCGGUCCAGCUGGUGCAGAGAAGUUGGUGCUUAAUAUCGACAGCCUCUGGUCUGGUGGCCCAUUCGAAAAUUCGAGCUACAGAGGUGGAAACCCGAGUAGUCCGGUCUCUAGCUCUCUUGAUGGCAUUCGCGAUUGGAUCUUCCAGAACGGGACCGGAAAUGUGUCACAACUGCUCGGCUCCAACGAGAUGUAUGGCUCAUACCGCGUUCUUGGUAAUUUUUCCAUCGAGAUUGCCGGUGUAUCAGAUGCGACAUCUUCUUACCAUCGACAAUUGGAUCUAAAGAAUGGAUUACAUGCAACUACUUUCCUGGCUGAUGGGGCGUCGUUUAGUACGACUGCGUAUUGCUCGUUCCCUGACCAGGUUUGUGUAUAUGAUGUAACGUCUGACCAUGAUCUACCUAGUAUCACAGUCUGGCUCGAAAACCAGAAAGUGGAUUCAGCACUGAACAAGCAGAGUUGUGGUAAUGCAUAUGUUCGCAUGCGAGGCGUCACCCAGAUCGGGCCUCCUCUUGGUAUGCGAUACGAUGCGAUUGCUCGUGCGAUUGGCGAUGCUAAUUCAUCUUGUGACCCGGAUACUGGGUACUUAACAUUACAUCCUAGCAUCGGUUCAAAGCAGGCGACAUUUGUUGUUGGGGCUGACACUGAUUUUGAUCAAGAGAAGGGCACAUCAGUGUUUGGUUAUAGUUUCAGGGGGGCCAACCCAGGUUAUUCAGUUAGGAGACUUACAGAUACUGCCGCACGUAAAACUGCCGCAACACUUCUUGAAGCACAUAUAGGUGACUACCAGAACCUAGCUGGGAGAUUCGUGCUCGAUCUACCUGACCCUUUGGAAUCUGCCGCAUUGGAGACGUCCGAACUUUUCGAACGAUACAGCUCGUCGAAUACUACUGGCGAUCCAUUCCUCGAAAGUCUGCUCUUCGACUUCUCUCGUCAUCUCUUCAUCAGUGCCUCACGUGAGAACUCGUUGCCACCAAAUCUACAAGGACGAUGGAGUGAGGAGCUUGGCGCCGCGUGGUCUGGUGAUUACCACUCAAACAUCAAUCUCCAAAUGAAUCAUUGGAACGCAGAUCAAACCGGUCUUGGUGAGCUGCAAGCUGCGUUGUGGAACUACAUGGAGCAGAAUUGGGUACCUCGCGGUACUCAAACCGCCAAACUGCUGUAUGGUGCACCGGGAUGGGUUGUGCAUGAUGAGAUGAACAUCUUCGGGCAUACAGGCAUGAAGAGUGAUGCCCAGUGGGCGAAUUAUCCCAUAGCAGCCGCAUGGAUGAUGCAGCACGUAUGGGACAACUUCGAGUACUCUUCGGAUAUUAGUUGGCUGCGUGAUCAAGGCUAUCCUCUACUGAAGGGUGUAGCCCAAUUCUGGCUUUCCCAGUUGAUGAAAGACAAAUACACGAACGACAAUACUAUCGUCGUCGCACCAUGCAAUAGCGCCGAGCAUGGUCCUACGACUUUCGGGUGUGCUCACUAUCAGCAGCUCAUCUAUCAAGUCUUCGAAUCCAUUCUAUCCAGCAAUGCCUUGAUUGGAGACACUGACACGUCUUUCAUCACUAACGUAAGCAGAACACUCGAGAAACUAGACAAAGGCAUCCACAUCGGCUCCUUUAACCAAAUCAAAGAAUGGAAACUCCCGGACUCAUACGGCUACGACUUCCCGAAUGAUACGCACCGCCAUCUCAGCGAUCUCGUCGGCUGGUAUCCCGGCUACUCCAUAUCCUCGUACGAGAACGCCUACACCAACAGCACCCUCCAAGAAGCCGUUACUACCAAACUAUACAGCCGCGGCAACGGCAAUGCCGCUGACGGAAAUGCCGCCUGGGCAAAAGUAUGGCGCUCGGCUUGUUGGGGACGACUGAAUAAUACAGAGCGCGCAUACUACGAGUUGAAAUAUGCGAUUGAGCAGAACUUUGCGCCGAACGGUUUGAGUAUGUAUUCGGGGAGAUAUCCGCCCUUCCAGAUCGAUGCGAACUAUGGGCUGGGUGGGGCAGUGUUGAGUAUGCUUAUGGUUGAUUUACCGCAAAGGCACGGGGAACUUGGGGUUCGGACGGUAGUGCUUGGGCCUGCGAUACCUGUUUCGUGGGUUGGUGGGUCGGUGAAGGGGCUCAGGUUGAGAGGGGGCGGACAAGUUGAUUUUGACUGGGACAACGAGGGAAUUGUGAGGUCUGCGGUGGUGACUGGUAGGGAGAAGCCCCUGAGAGUAGUGAACAAGAUUGGUGAUGUGGUCGUGGCUUAGCUCGGAUACGAGGAAGAAGUGUUGCUAGUGACUCUCAAUUGACAUGAAUCUCAAGACUCUUUUGAUCGAUUUACG